AGGAACAGUUCUAUUUUAUUGUAUUCUUUUCAAGUUGAGCAUUCGUCUUCCACUCUAUCGUGAUAACUGGCAUACUGAUUAGGCAGUGCUAGUAAUAGCAACAUCCACUGUCUGUUUCGAGUAGUACUGUAGUCUCAGUCUGUGUCAUCCGAAGAGCAGGAUUGCCUUGUCGUCGUGCAUACCGCAGUAGCUGCUGUCCGACACAUUUUGAUCAGAAUGGCAAAGAAAAAACAAUCCAAAAGUAAGCGUCACAAGGAGGAAGGACGUAAGCGAGAGGAGCGGUCGGCAAAGCCAGCUUUGAAACAUAAGAGACAAAGCAAGAGAGAAAACUACCUGGAAGAGGACGAUGUUGAAUUCAUCAGCUUUGCUAACCAGCUGCAGGCAAAAGGCUUGAAAAUCAAGGAUGUCCCGGGAGAUGGAAGAAUGGAAAGAAGAGAUGCUCCCAUCCGCAGUACGGCCGAAAGAAGAAGAGCAAGCCGGCACCGGCACGGAAGAGAAAAGAUUUCGCUGCGCGUGUCCUGACCCGGCUGGAGAAGGAUAAAAGUGCAUUCUUCACCAUCACGCUGAUUUCUUCAGAAAAGAUUGCCAACCUUAAACCCAUGCAGGAGGAUGUGGCCGAGCAGCAAAGCAGCAAUGUGAUGGAGAGUCGGGAUUCAAUUCUUGCGUACUUUCGUAAGAAUCAUCUCGAGUUUACAACUUUGCUGCACGCGCAGUACGCUACACUGUGCACGCUCAUCGAGCCGCAAAGCCAGUGCAAUGUAAUCGGCUACCGCUGCAAUACCUGCAUGGCUGAAAUUAUUGGAAGUCGUUUCCAUUGCUCAGUGUGUGACGAUUAUGACCUGUGUGCUAAGUGCCAUCAGGAACGCGGCCAUUAUCACCCGAUGGAGCAACAUGGUCGGCGGUGAUUAAAGCUUUGAAGCCAAUGAAGGAUAUUCACCAGUCUACACUUCAAGAUCAAGUCAGCGUACCGACCGGUAUCCCAUACUUUGAGGGUGAUUCCUGGCCUAAAGUGUGUGAGAAGAUCGCCCAGGAGGAAAAAGCGGAGAAGAUCGCAGCUGAGGCCGAGAAGAAUGGCAAGAAGGGAUGCUCCCAGCCGCAGUACGGCCGAAAGAAGAAGAGCAAGCCGGCAACGGCACGGAAGAGAAAAGAUUUCGCUGCGCUUGUCCUGGCCCGGCUAGAGAAGGAUAAAAGUGCAUUCUUCACCAUCACGCUGAUUUCUUCAGAAAAGGUUGCCAACCUUAAACCCAUGCAGGAGGAUGUGGCCGAGCAGCAAAGCAGCAAUGUGAUGGAGAGUCGGGAUUCAAUUCUUGCGUACUUUCGUAAGAAUCAUCUCGAGUUUACAACUUUGCGGCACGCGCAGUACGCUACACUGUGCAUGCUCAUCGAGCUGCAAAGCCAGUGCAAUGUAAUCGUCUACCGCUGCAAUACCUGCAUAGCGGAAAUUAUUGGAAGUCGUUUCCAUUGCCCAGUGUGUGACGCAUUCUUCACCAUCACGCUGAUUUCUUCAGAAAAGGUUGCAGACUUUGAGCUCAUGGAGGAGGAUGUGGACGAGCUGCAAAGCGGCAAUAUGAUGGAGUGUCGGGAUUCAUUUCUUGCCUACUGUCGUACGAACCAUCUUGAGUUUUCAACUUUGCGGCACGCGCAGUACGCUACACUGUGCAUGCUCAUCGAGCUGCAAAGCCAGUGCAAUGAAAAUGUAAUCGGCUACCGCUGCAAUACAUGCAUGGCUGAAAUUAUUGGAAGUCGUUUCCAUUGCCCAGAGUGUAAGGAUUUUUACCUUGUGCUAAGUGCCAUCAGGAACGCGGCCAUGAUCACCUGAUGGAGCAACAUGGUCGGCGGUGAUUA